GCGUGCGUGAGAAAAGGAGGGCUCAAUUCAAGCAUUAAAAGUUGAGUUAUCUUGCUUCGUCCACACAUUCAUGAUCGCGCAUCCCCGGAUUACUUUUCCCGUGUUUUUAAGAAUUGCAGCCGGGAAUGUCAUAAGCAGGAGAACUAUGUUUCUUUGAGAUUAUUUCCGUCAGUUUACUAAACGUUGCAUUAUUAUCAGUGAAGUUAGAGCCAUGGCUCUGAAGGGUGUUUUUCGGGGGGUGAUAAUGGGAGCCCCGGGCUCGGGCAAAGGAACCGUAUCUAGUCGGAUAGCGCAGAGUUUCGGACUCAAGCAUCUGUCGAGCGGUGACAUGCUGCGGGCCAACAUCGAGGCGAAGACAGAUUUAGGUCUUCUGAUGAAGUCAUGUAUUGACCAGGGUCAGCUGGUUCCUGAUGAUGUCAUCUCUCGUCUUAUUCUGACCAGCCUGAGGAAAAUGAACCAAAGCAGCUGGCUCAUAGAUGGGUUUCCCCGAACUGUGGCUCAGGCUGAAGCUUUGGACAGCAUGUGUGAUGUUGAUAGUGUUAUCAACCUGGACGUGCCUUUCCAGACCAUCAGGGAGCGGCUGACAUCGCGCUGGGUGCACCUUCCCAGCGGCAGGGUCUAUAACAUAGACUUCAACCCGCCAAAGAAGCUGGGUCUUGAUGAUGUCACAGGAGAGCCAUUGGUUCAGAGAGACGAUGACAGUCCUGAAACUGUCACCAGGAGGCUGAAGGACUAUGAGAGACAAACACAACCAGUUCUUGAGUAUUACAGGAGUAAAGGAGUGCUGGAGACCUUCACAGGAACCGAAACAAACAAGAUAUGGCCUCACGUUCAUGCCUUCCUAAGCAAAAAAAUCCCAGGGAAUCAGCAGGCAAGAGAAGCAUGAAAACAUUUUGGAAAAAAUUGACAGCUACUGAAACACACUGAGGAGUUCAAUGCACACCCAUGGCCUUAACCAGACUACAGUAAAGAGAGAUAAAACACUCCUUUGUUGAGUGAACAUUUGGUAUCAACAUUUGGUGCCAAACUACGAGAGGAUAUCACACAACACAAAGCGAAUGGCUAAAUAAGGCUUCUGUGCACUGCCACUUUGAGCGGUUUAGCUUGCUGUUGUUGGAGUAUUAUAGAUGUUGUCGUUAUAAUAUUUAUACUUCAAAACUAACCAAUUCCAAGUUUCCUUAGGAGACCAAACCAUCCGAAGCAUUUCAGCUUUUUUUCCAGUCAAAGGUGCUGCAUAACACACAACAGCUCAAUAUCAUUCCUGUUCGCAUUCACCUACUUAAUUUAGCAAGGUCUUAAUAAUUGUUGAAGAGUGAAAGAAAUAUAAUCAGACUUGAAAUGUUUAAUUUUUUUUAAUCGUACUACUAUUUUAAUGUGAUUCACUGUAGUCUUAACAUUUACAUAAAAUGGUCUUGUAACGUGCUGUACAUUAACUGCUUCACUGUAAUGCAGACUUAAAGUAAGAUGAUUGUACGUGAGAUUUUAUAUUACCAGACCAUUUAUUAUUCAAGAUGAAACUGAUUUUGCACAGAUUACAAGGUGAUAAAUACAAUAAAAAGUGACAGAAGUAAUAUUACAGAUAAGUAUUUGAAUUAAGAAUGAUUAAAGGGACAAACUGUGUUUUUCCUCAUUUAUGUUUUAUAUGCCUUGUUCACUGUUCUAAAGAUGUAGAGACCUGCUGGACACAAAUUUGUGCAUUAAAAAUCUGUUUUUAACUGCUGCUUUUGCAACAAUUUUAUGUUUUUUUUGUAUAAUCCAUUUAAAACUAAGAAAUAUCAGAUGUAGUGACUUUGCACCGGUUUGUUGUACAAGUUCAAUGACACAAAUGCAAUAAAGUGUCAAAGUUAUUCUGUCGUGGUUUGCUUUUAGUGAGUCAUAAAAACACAACCAAUUGUAUCAUAUUGAUGCUGUAUGAAUACAUUGUUUAAUCUAUCUAAAUGUUUGUUGUGUGUUUACAAGUUAAAUGUUAACACAGCACUUAUUCUGUAUUAUUUAUAUUUUCCACAAUUUAUAAAAGAGCAAGGUUAUAACAACCUUACAGAAGGA